CACAAUUUAUUUGUCAUUUGUUUUUAUUUAUCUACAAAAUCAGCCAUUUUCUACUUUGGAAGCGGCAAUCAAACUUGCUUGGCAACUGCUUCCUGCAUGCACAUAUAGAAGUGUCAUCUAGUGGUUGCUGCAUGCUAAACGCGGUUACUCCAGAUGCGCACAUUUCCUCGAAUCAGUGAUUGUGCUCUUCAGUGCCUGGACUUUCAAUUGUGAUUGUUUUCUAUUGCCAACUGCCAAAUUUUGGAGUUCUGUCAUAUUGCAAAUGUAAGCCAUUUACAUUUUUGCUAUGCCUCGUAUGUCAAAACACAGUGAAUGGGUUAGGCAUGAGCAUCAAAGAGACUCUCAAGAGCCCUCCCCCUCAAUGUGAGCAAUCCUAUUGCAGUACAUGUUCAGGGCCUUGGAAAUCACAUUGACUUCAAUUAUCUCACAGAAUAGUGAAGAAACGAUAAACUCGGGUUUACAGUUUGAUGCAACUCUGUCAGCUAUUACUAUUAACUCGUGCUCAAAUUGCAACAGAGCUUUUCCAGAUACGAAAGUCAACAGAUCAGGAAGAUGUAAUCACUGCGAAAAAGAUCCCUUCAAGUUCUCUGCUAGAAAUAAUAUGAAUCCUGGAGAAGUACCACCCAGAUUGCAGGGUCUAACUUAUAUUGAACAGAUGCUUAUUGCUCAAAUUCAUCCAAGAAUUACUAUAUAUAGAAUCAGAGGUGCUCAAUAUUCAUACAAUGAUAAUGUGAUAAAUUUUCACCAGAGUAUAGAUUCCUUUAUUACAGAGCUUUCUGUUGAUCCUCAAUCUUUAGUAACAACAAUAGUUUUUCAGAAAGAAAUGCAUGCUGACAUGGCAGAGCUUCAUGCUCAUGCUGAUAAACUGUGAUCCGCUCUUAAGUGCAGAAACAUAAAAAUAAGUGAGAGAAAUCUCAGAGCUAUAUCCUCCAAUGGCGAUAUUGGUCAACUUUCUUCUCUCUCUUGAGAUUGAUUCAGAACAAGAGACGUUGACAUCAACACUUGAACCCGGUAUACUGAUCGGAUAGUAUUCCUCCAAACUUUGAAACUCUCCCUU